GCGCCGUAUUGGCGUCAACGCCGCUCUUGCAUGUCAAAAUCGACACCUUAUUUUCCUUUGGGGGCGAAACGCGCAUGCUUGUCUCUAAGCGAUCGCAACGAGGCUCUCCGAGCCGCACAGCCGUCGGGAGGACCUGUACGGCAUGUUAUCCCACGUCGCAACGUCGCGCGCACCGACAGAGGCGGGCCCGACAUGUUCGCAUCCACGUCGUUGUGGGCAUAAGGCUUAACCGAAUGCUGGGAGCCCGAGUCACGGACGGGCCCGAGUGUCCGGGUCCCAAGAAGGCACUCUCCAUAGCCGUGUGGUGAGCCAUCCAGAGUCCCGCUGCGGGCGGCCUUGCUGUCAACGCGAGACAACAAUUAUAAGGUGGGCCCUGUCAGCAUGAAACUUCCCUUCCACCCCAGCCCUGCCGACUCCUCUGCUAUCCGCCACCUCGUUUGGGUCCUGUCCCCAUGGCUGAUGCAGAGAAACCACGGCAGAGCCUCGCGACGUCCUACACUCACGAGACAGUUGACGAUUCUUAUGCACCUUCGUCUCCUCGCACUUUGGUGCCGCAUGAUGAUCGUGCAGAAGACGAAUUUCCGGACGGCGGGAUUCAGGCGUGGCUCACAGUACUGGGGGCAUUCCUAUCGCUGUAUUGCUCCUUCGGCCAGCUGAACGCGUUUGGCACGUUCCAAUCGUGGUACGCAGAGCAUCAAUUGCAAGCAUACCCGGCUUUCACCAUCUCUUGGAUUGGUUCCUUGCAAUUAUGGGUGUUCUUCUUUUCGGGUGGCUUCAUUGGUCGAAUAACCGAUGAGCGUGGUCCCCGGUUUCUCAUGAUACCAGGCACACUCGUCCUCAUCUUCAGUAUGAUGAUUACGAGCAUUUGUACCUCCUAUUAUGAGUACGUCCUGUGCCAAGGAAUUCUAACCGGGUUAGGAAUUGGAAUGGUCUUCUACCCGUCCCUCUCUGCCAUCGCAACGCAUUUCAAGAGGUACAGAGCGACCGCGAUUGGCAUAGCCAUGACAGGCUCUGGAAUAGGCGGCGUGAUAUAUCCGAUCAUGUACCGCCGGCUAUUCUCCUUGGUCGGUUUUGGCUGGGCAGUGCGAAUAUCCGCAUUCAUCUGUCUGGCGCUCAGCACCGUAGCGCUGGUCACAGUGAGGAGCCGCCUCCCUCCCGGGCCACGGAAGCGAGCCUGGUUUGACAUUGAAUCGUUCCGAGAUGUCCGAUUCACCAUCGUUGCUGUCGGAAGCAUCUUCAUAUCGUUUGGAUUGUUCAUGCCGAACUUCUACAUCGUCGACUACUCCAUCUCUCAUUCUGUUCCGACCACUACGGCCUUUUACGUGUUGGCGAUCUUGAACGCCGGGAGCGUUCCUGGGCGCCUGCUCCCUUCGCUGUUGUCCGACACUGUCGGGCGAUUCAACAUCAUCGUGCCUUGCGUGUUCCUAUCAGGAUUGCUCACGCUGGCACUGUGGACGUCGUGCAAGGACCUAGCCUCGAUUGUCGUAUACGCAGCCCUCUUUGGUUUCUUCUCCGGUGGAUUCAACGCCCUCAUCAUCUCUUGUGUGGCGCAAAUAUCUGAAAUACAGUCGGUUGGGACACGCGUCGGAAUGCUAUACACAAUUAUCUCUUUUCCAUCAUUAGGAGGUGGUCCCGCCGCUGGAGCACUCGUGAAGCACGCGCACGGCUCCUACACUGGCCUGAUCGUCCUAAGCGGCGCGACGGUUCUCACGGGAUCUCUCUUCAUGCUAUUGGCAAGGCUCAAAAUAGACCGCAGAUUAAGUGCUCGUGUUUGACUUCGUUCGCCUUGGAUUAUGAUGACGUUUUUGCAAUGAUGUAUCGUUAUUCCCUUCUCGUCUCAUGCAUUACUUCACGCAAGUACAGCUAUCAUUACGACUUCAUACCUUUUAUUGACUGCGACGAUCAUAGCUCACGGUGUGCCCGAGUAGUAUAUAUGUAAAGUAGUUUAGAUCUACAUGUAAGGCAUAGUGUUAGAAUGACUACAAAGAACCUCGCC